AUGGAGAGAGGAUUAUUAGAAGACCUGUGCCGAGGGGCACGAAUCCCAGUAACCAAAGCUGUGCUGGUGGCGGGGUUCCCAGAAGAGAUGGAACCAAAUGAAAUUGAGGAAAGCCUAGAUGCAGCUGAAAUACUGGGGAGGGUAAAGGUCCACACCCGUAUUUACAACCGCAAAGUGAAGGGCAUGGUAGCACUAUGUACUCACUCCAAGGAAGCAGAUCUUGACAAAGUGCCCAAAGAGGUGAAAGUAGAAGGUAUCCCCUGGACAAUUCUCGGGGCAGAGCAGUCCCCUCCUAGUGUGCCUGAGUCACUUGAGGUGGAUUCUUUAGCACAGAAAUUGCAAGCUCUGAUGGUAGAUGAGAAGCGGACAAGAGAAGAAUUAAUUUUAGCAUUAGGAGGGGAUCCAACACCUGCAGCACCCAGCCUGGUGGGAUGGGCCAAAGAGCUAGGAAAUGCUCUCAAAGAUGCAUUGAAGCCGGUACAUGAAAAUUCUCCAUACAAGCGGUUACGUUCAUUCUCGGGGGUGUCACCUGUACCAUCAGGGGAGGAUGAUUAUGAAACCUGGAGGGAUUUUACGGUGCCACUUGUCCAAGAGUGGGAAUGCUCUGAUGCUGAGAAGCGGAAACGGGUGCUUGAGAGUCUGAGGGGACCUGCCAUGCGAAUUAUCCGAGCCCUGAAAGACUCACAACCAGCCGCCACAGUGCAAGACUAUUUAACCGCUCUUGAGAGUGUCUACGGUGCUACUGAUAGCAGUGAAGACCUGUAUUAUCGGUUUCGCCAUACCUAUCAGGAGCCCCACGAACGAUUGUCUGAUUUCAUCAGGAGACUAGAGGAUUUGCUACAGCAGGUAGUGCGGAAGGAGGGCAUCCCCACCAAGCGCAUUGAUUUCGCAAGAUUGGACCAAAUCCUCCGGGGCACCCGACAAGAUGGGUUGAUGUUGUGGAAACUGCAGCUGAGGGAGCGGGCCCAAGACCCACCCCCAUUCCACAAGCUCAUUCGAGAGAUACGUGAGGAGGAGGAGCGAUUGUUGCAAGCGGAUGCAGUGUUGCAGCCGAAGACGGCAGGGAGUCACACCACCACAGUGCUUGGAGAGAUGGAAGAUGCCCCAUCAGUGGCAGCAGCACUGAGAGAUUUGACCCGAGAAGUGGCCAUGAUGAAAGCUCAGGGACAUACUGUGCCAUCCUCAAGAGAGGAGAGUAGCAGGAGGGGUGAUAGCCAGCGUGAAGGUUUCUGUUAUAACUGUGGAAGAGAUGGUCACUAUGCCUUCGACUGUCAAAACAAGACAGAUCAUGCAAGGGUAUCUCAGAGAUUGCAGCAGACCAUUAGGAGGCUUCAGGGAAACACCCACAGGGCUUGGGGAAGGAGCAACCCAAGACAAGGCUCCCCAGGAAAAACCACAAACAGAGGCUACCCACGUGGGCUGAUAGGCCCCCAGGCUAUAGUACCUGUUCGUAUAGAAGGACGAUUGUGUGAGGCAUUGCUGGACAGUGGAUCACAGGUCACCAUACUUUAUGAAUCUUACUACCGAGAACACCUGCAGCAUUUGCCCCUGCGUCCCCUGUCUGGCCUGACAGUCUGGGGAAUUGGCUGUGACUCCUGCCCCUAUCGGGGAUAUAUCCUGUUGAAUGUUCAGUUCCCAAAGAACGUUGCGGGGGUAAACCAGGAAACAGAAACUUUGGCACUGGUCUGCCCAGAUCCAAAGGGAAGCACCUUUAAUCCUAGGGACAAAUGCAAACCUGUUCCAGAGGUUGGCGUGGAAAUGCCGUGA